AUGGUCCGGGGACUGCCCACUGCCGCCAGCCUGGCACGUUUUUGCCGGAAGCUGAAUCGGCUGAAGCCACUGGGGGAGUCCACCAUGGACACUUCGCUAAGACGCUGCCUGUCCACACUGGACCUGACGCUGCUGGGUGUGGGCGGCAUGGUGGGGUCCGGCCUCUAUGUACUCACCGGCACCGUGGCCAAGAAGAUGGCCGGCCCCGCCGUCCUGGUGUCCUUUGCCGUGGCCGCUGUGGCCUCUCUGCUAGCGGCCCUGUGCUAUGCGGAGUUUGGGGCCCGCGUGCCCCGCACUGGUUCAGCCUACCUGUUCACGUACGUUUCCAUGGGUGAGCUGUGGGCCUUCCUUAUUGGCUGGAAUGUGCUUCUGGAAUACCUGAUUGGUGGUGCCGCUGUGGCCCGUGCCUGGAGUGGCUACCUGGACGUCAUCUUUGAUCACCAAAUCCGCAAUUUCACCGAGGCCCACCUGGGUGUGUGGCAGGUGCCCUUGCUGGCCCGCUACCCGGACUUCCUGGCUGCGGGCAUCCUGCUUCUGGCCUCGGCCUUUGUCUCCUGCGGAGCCCGCGUCUCCUCCUGGCUCAACCACACCUUCUCUGCCAUCAGUCUGGGGGUGAUUGUCUUCAUCAUCACCUUGGGUUUCGUCCUAGCUCGUCCACACAACUGGAGCGCCGAGGAGGGCGGCUUUGCGCCCUUCGGCUUCUCGGGCAUCAUGGCCGGCACUGCCACCUGCUUCUACGCCUUUGUGGGCUUCGAUGUCAUUGCUACCUCCAGCGAGGAGGCCCAGAACCCAAAGCGGGCAGUGCCCAUGGCCAUCGCCAUAUCACUUGGACUGGCGGCUGGCGCCUACAUCCUGGUCUCCACGGUGCUCACCCUCAUGGUACCCUGGUACAGCCUCGACCCCGACUCGGCACUGGCGGAUGCCUUCUAUCGGCGUGGCUACAGCUGGGCUGGCUUCAUUGUGGCAGUUGGCUCCAUCUGCGCCAUGAACACCGUUCUGCUCAGCAACCUGUUCUCCCUGCCACGCAUCGUCUACGCCAUGGCUACCGACGGACUCUUCUUCCAGGUGUUUGCCCGGGUGCACCCCCGGACUCAGGUGCCCAUGGUGGGCAUCCUGGUAUUUGGGGUCCUCAUGGCUUUUCUGGCAAUGCUGCUGGACCUCGAGGCACUGGUCCAGUUCUUGUCCAUCGGCACCCUGCUGGCCUACACCUUUGUGGCCACCAGUGUCAUCGUGCUGCGCUUCCAGAAGACCUCCCCACCCAGCUCUCCAGGCCCAUCCAGCCCAGGCCCCCUGACCAAGGAGCACGGCUCCUGCGCGGACCACCUGCAGCUGGUGGGCCCCGAGCAGGCCUCAGCCCCCGAGCCCGGGCAGCUGCGACCAGCCCUGAGACCCUACCUGGGUUUCCUGGGUAGGUACAGCCCUGGAGCUGCCGUGGCGUGGGCACUCAGCAUCCUGGUGGCCUCGGCCAUCACCUUGGGCUGCGUGCUGGUCUUCGGGGACUCAGCCCUGUACCUCCCGCACUGGGCCUAUAUCCUGCUGCUCCUACUCAGUGGUGGCGUAUUUCUGCUCAGUCUCUCCGUCCUAGGAGCCCACCAGCAACAGCACCGGCAGGACACCUUCCAGAUCCCCCUGGUGCCCCUGACACCAGCCCUGAGCAUCCUUCUGAACGUCUGCCUUAUGCUGAAGCUGAGCUACCUGACCUGGCUGCGUUUCUCCAUCUGGCUGUUCGUUGGACUCGCCGUGUAUUUCGGGUACGGCAUCCGGCACAGCAAGGAGAACCUUCGGGAACCACUGGGGCUGACCGCCACUCGGUAUGUGGUGUUCCCCAGUGGCAGCCUGCAGGGGGCCGUGCAGACCGUGCAGCCGUCCAGCCAGGUGCCCACCCCGGAAGAGCUCAACUGUAUGGAGCAACCGGCCAGCCCGUGA